ACUUUCAUUCAGUAGUGUGGGAAGCGCCAGCUGCACACACGGUGGCGGAAAGAUGCCCUCACCAAGGACAAUAACCAUCGUUGCCCUAUCUUUAGCUCUAGGUUUAUUUUUCGUGUUUAUGGGAACCAUUAAGCUCACACCGAGACUAAGCAAAGACGCAUACAGUGAAAUGAAAAGAGCCUACAAGAGCUAUGCCAAGGCACUGCCAGGCCUGAAGAAGAUUGGAAUCAGCUCAGUCCUGCUCCGUAAGAUCAUAGGCUCGCUGGAGGUGGGCUGUGGCGUGGUUCUCACCCUCGUGCCAGGCAGACCCAAAGAUGUGGCCAACUUCCUGCUACUUCUGGUCAUGCUGGCUGUCCUGUUCUUCCACCAAUUAGUGGGAGACCCCUUGAAAAGAUAUGCCCAUGCACUAGUCUUUGGCAUUCUGCUCACCUGCCGACUUCUUAUUGCCCGCCAGAGUGACGACCGGCCGGAGAGAGAGGACAGCAGAGAGGAACAGCACAUUAAUGACCAAGAAAAGAACAAGGUCAAGCAGUCUUAAGAUCCUCUUCUACUUAUGAUCCAAGCCACAACAAAGGGAAUCUAGUGUGACUCUAUGGAUGGUAAUGAAACACGUUUUGAAGGAAACAGUCCCUCCUAGUAAUAAUCCUUUCUCACACAUCUACUGUUCCAUCCUGCUGGCUGAAUGAUUGAAUACUCUCAUCUACUCCUGUGCACUCUUAAUGUGAAACUGGGUACUCCUAAUCCAUGCAUCCCUUAUAUAGCCAUGGACAAUCAUACCAGUGGAAGCUUUGAUGAGCUCAGCUCUUGUCACAAUAAUCCACUUUCCCCUCAUGUAUUUCAGCCCUACACUGUGCUAAAUGUGUGUGUGUUUUUGUUUUAAGCAAGUGUGAAUUUCAAUUUUUGUUACAAGAUGUAUUGAUUUGAGAAUGCUGUUUUUCAUGAGAAUCUUUGUAGCUUGUUUUUCUAAUUUGUUUUUAUACUAUAGGUAGGAGUGAUUGUUAAUUUAUGACUUACAACAUUUCAAGCAUGUUUCAUUUGGUCAGCAGUACAGAAUAUAAACCAAAAUGAGCAGUGUUGAAAGAAUUUGAAUGAGGUAUACAUUUACUGAGUCUACAUAUCCCUGUCUUAUUUGAUGCAGUGUUACCGGAAGGCAGUUUCUGAAAGAAAUACAAUGUGAAUCCAACAUCAUUUAGAUUUUUUAAGAAGUUGCAUGAAAUAUUUUCUCCCAGAGUAAAAUUUGCUGAAUAUCCUUUGUGUCCUCUUAGUUCAGACAUCAUUACAUUGAAGUUGUUUGGCUGAAAAUGACAGCGUUUGCUGCCUCAGGUGUCUGCUUCAAGCUUUUACAGCAGAACUUAACCAAAUUUUUAAUAAAAGAGACUUUUUGCCUGUUUAAAAUGGAAAAUUUACCUUUUGUAAUUCAAAACUGAAGUCUUAAACCUUGUCACUGUCUCUUGAAGAUUCUGCUUAUAUGUUCAGUUUUUAUUUGAUUCCCUCAUAAGAUAUACACAUCAUUCCUAUCUGUGUUCUUAGAGGAUGAAACCUCAAUUGAAAAUGAUGUGAGUUAGUUUUGAGAUUCAUAAUAUUUCUGUAAAAGAUGUACUUACAAUAAAGAA